AUGGAGAAAACACCCCCUCAAGAUAAUAAACGCGUGAUAAAUAUUCCCGUGACAAGCAUAUCCGUGAAUAGGAAACCGUUGAUAGAUCGACUGGAAAAUUUAGUGCUCGUGGUAAUCAGGCAAAUAACAACUGGACAAUUGCCAAAAAUUGAUAAUUUAUGUUCAAACACAAUGCCCGAGGAAUCGGUGGAAUGCGAUGGUGACAAUGGAGACGAUUUGAGUGAUGUGACAGCUACCUACACUGAGGAAAUCCAUUCAGGUGAAAUCGGGGAGGAUGGAGGGAUCAAUCAAGAGGGAAGAUGUGUAGUAGAUUUUUCACACAAGAGGGGGAAAAUCAAGUUGGCACUUAUGAUGACAGUUGCCGCCAAAGCCCAUAAGUUACUCAUUGCUGACGAAUACCAGACUAAAAGGUCUAUGUAUUAUGAGCUCAAGGGUGGUCCUCUUGGGAGGUUUAUCGAUCAACAGAGCAUUACUGAUGGGACUAUUAAUAAUGUGGCUAAAAUGCUGGAGUGCAACACUUGGGAGUUAGGUUUCAUCACAACCGCGAAAGGACUCGUAUCAGGCGAUUUGCAACUCACCCUCCAAACAGGAGAGACUCUUAAUUGCGAAACACCUGGAGGCGUCUUGAUACCACAAAUCAACCCUCCCAUAGCCUCGCUUAAAUCAAGUGCCUCGUCGAUAAUUGUCAUUGAGAAGGACGCUGUUUUUCAGAGAUUACUCGAAGAGGACUGCACUCACAAGAUGAACUGUAUUCUCGUUACUGGGAAGGGAUAUCCCGAUGCAGCGACGAGAAAAUUCGUCAAGAUGCUGAUCGAAUGCCUGGCGAUUCAGGCGUAUAUUCUGGUUGACGCCGACCCUCAUGGGAUCGAUAUCAUGUGUGUGUACAAAUAUGGAUCUUCGGCGCUGUCAUGGGAGAAUAAAAAGCUUGCCUGCCCGACAAUUAAGUGGAUCGGCAUCUACCCAUCGGAAGUAACAAAAUUAAGACUGCAAAAAAUACCACUGACCGAUGCGGAUCUGAUCAAGCUAAGGGGUCUCAAACGAAGAAGGUAUUUGGACAAUCAUUUACGAGAGGAACUAAACUAUUUGUAUAACGGAAAAGCUGAGAUCGAGGAGAUAGCAGAAAUUUCAUUGUCUUUCCUAACGUCUCUUUAUUUUCCAACAAAAAUGUAG